AAUUUGGUUAAAAGAAACGCCCCCGGAUGAUGUCAUAUUUGUUACAGUUCUCUGUCUGGUCCGCUCCUGUGCUAUAUAAUCAGGACUCGGCCGCACUCAGUAUUCUGCAGUCUACUCGCUACAUAGAGAAGAUGUCUGGACGCGGUAAAGGAGGGAAAGGUCUCGGUAAGGGCGGAGCCAAGCGGCACAGGAAGGUGCUCCGGGAUAACAUCCAGGGCAUCACCAAGCCUGCUAUCCGCCGUCUAGCUCGCAGGGGAGGCGUGAAGCGCAUCUCCGGCCUCAUCUAUGAAGAGACUCGCGGUGUCCUGAAGGUUUUCCUGGAGAACGUCAUCCGUGACGCCGUCACCUACACCGAGCACGCCAAGAGGAAGACCGUCACCGCUAUGGACGUGGUGUACGCCCUCAAGCGCCAGGGCCGCACUCUCUACGGCUUCGGAGGUUAA